GGCCACCCCAGUUGGAUGCCGGGACUCCUCCCCUACCCCCACGCCCAGGAUCGGCUCACCUGGGCCAGGAUGGGGGGCUCAGGUGGGCGUCGGACCCUCCCUAGGGGGCACCCCCUCACCUGGAGAGGGGGAGCACUGCGGACCCUCCUGGCCGUGACGUACCUGUGCGGUGCGUCCCCGUCCCCCGCAGAGGUCUCGGUGCGGCUCCAGGGGGGUCCCGACGGCUGCUCGGGGCGAGUGGAGGUGCUGCACAACCUCACCUGGGGCACGGUGUGCGACGACGGCUGGGGCGUGGCCGAGGGCGAGGUCACCUGCGCCCAGGUGGGCUGCGGGCGGCUGCGGGCGCUGGCCCCCGGCGCCAGGUACGGCGAGGGCGAGGGGCCCAUCUGGCUGGACGAGGUGAAGUGCGUGGGGCACGAGCGGCACCUGGGGCAGUGCCGGGCGCGGCCCUGGGGACACCACAACUGCGGCCACAGGGAGGACGUGGGCGUUGAGUGCACAGAAUCGAUGACGUCAUCGCUGGGCUCGCUGCAGCUGCGGGAGGGCCCCGAUCGCUGCUCAGGACGGGUGGAGCUGCUGCACCUGCACAGGUGGGGCACGGUCUGCGACGAUGGCUGGGACCUGCGGGACGCGCAGGUGAUCUGCCGCCACCUGGGCUGCGGCCACGCCCUGGCCGCGCCCGGCCACGCCCACUUCGGGCGGGGCCACGACGUCAUCUGGCUGGACGAGGUGAACUGCACUGGGACAGAGAAUUCCAUCCUGGAAUGUCCCGCCAAGCCCUGGGGAGACAACAACUGCUUCCAUGGGGAGGAUGCUGGCGUCAUCUGCUCAGCCUCCGGGAUGGCGGUGCCCACUCAGGUGCGCUUGGCCAACAGCUCCGCCCGCUGCCAGGGGCAGGUGCAGGUGUCCUACGGGGGCACCUGGGUGGCCCUGUGUGACCACGGGUGGGGCCUGGCCGAGGCCCAGGUGGUCUGCAGGCAGGUGGGCUGUGGCCACGCCCUCUCUGCACCUGGAGGCUCCUGGUUCGGGCAGGGGCAGGAGAAGGUGUGGCCAGGGAGUGUCACCUGCACUGGGACAGAGCAGGAGCUCCUGGACUGCCAGGUGAAGCCCUGGGAGAACCGCACCUGCCACCUGGGCAGGGCGGCAGGCGUGAUCUGCACAGGUAACCCCGAGGCUGACCAGGUGCGCCUGGUGAGCUCUGGCAGUCGCUGCGCUGGGAGGGUCGAGGUGUUCCACAACGGCAGGUGGGGCACGGUCUGCGAUGACACCUGGGACCUGGCAGAUGCCCAGGUGGUCUGUCGCCAGGUGGGCUGCGGGAAGGCCCUGUCAGCACCUGGGAGGGCCCAAUUUGGGCGGGGCAGCGGCUUCAUCUGGUUGGAUGAGACCAACUGCACGGGGGCGGAGCCUCACCUGUCCGCCUGCCCCGCCCGGCCCUGGGGCCGCAACGACUGCUACCACGGUGAGGACGCAGGUGUGGUGUGCUCAGACUCCCUGAUCUUGGAGGCGCCUCACCUGCGCUUGGCCAACGGCUCCCACCGCUGCGCCGGGCGGGUGGAGCUGCUGCACCUGGACAAGUGGGGCGGGGUCUGCGCCAAGGGCUGGUCCCAAGAGGCCGCCCAGGUUGUCUGUCGGUACCUGGGCUGCGGCACCGCCCUGCGAGAGGCAGAGUUUGGCACACCUGGGCAGGUGUGGCUCGACCAGGUGAGGUGCCAAGGGACAGAGAAGAACCUCGGGGAGUGUCAGACAAGCCCGUGGGCCCAGAGCACCUGUGAGGGCGGGAGAGUCGCAGGUGUGGUGUGCUCAGGUUGGGAGCCGGCGGGCAGUGCUCAGGUGCGCCUGGUGGGCGGGCCAGGUGAGUGCGCAGGACGGGUCGAGGUGCUCCAUGCCGGCGCCUGGGGGACGGUCUGCGACGACACCUGGGACUUCGCCGCCGCCGCCGUCGUGUGCCGCUACCUGGGCUGCGGGCAGGUGAUCUCGGCCCCGCCCCGGGCACGCUUCGGGGAGGGGCGGGGCCCCAUCUGGCUGGACGGGCUCACCUGCCAGGGCCACGAGGGGCACCUGGGUGAGUGUCACCACAAGGGCUGGGGCAUCCACGGCUGCGAGCACAGUGAGGACGCCAGCGUGGUGUGCGCAGGCUCUCACCUGGCCGACCUGACCCACCUGCGUUUGGCUGAUGGCGCUGACAGGUGCUCGGGGCGGGUGCAGGUGCUCCACGCCGGGCGCUGGGGUGGGGUCUGCGCCCACACCUGGCACCUGGCAGCCGCCCGCGUGGUCUGCGCCCAGGUGGGCUGCGGGGGGGCGGCUGCCGUGGCCCAGGUGAAAGCGGGCGAGGGUGAGCCCACCUGGCUGGAGGCCGUUACCUGCCGGGGUGACGAGGGGCCCUCCUGGAGUGCCAGGUGAGAGGCUGGGGGGGCCCCCGCACCUGUGGCCACGGGGGACACGCCCACGUCACCUGUACAGGUGUGACCCAGGGACUCUCCGGUAAGCCUGGAAGCUCAGGUGAGCCAGGUGAACCUGGAAGCUCAAGUGAGCCUGGUCACCCAGGUGAGCCAGGUCACACACGUAAGCCAGGUCUCGCAGGCAAGCCAGGUGAACCUGGAAGCUCAGG